CCCAGCCCUACUGCCUGUCCCAGUCCUCCAGCUCCUUCUCUUCAGCAGGAAUUGCAUGGCCCCUGCGCCUCCGCUGCUCCUGUCGCUGGGAUCGGCCACCUCCGUCGCCGCCGCCGCCGUCGUCUCAUCCUACUCCAGCUCCGGUUCCCACUCGGCUCCCCGCGCAGCUCCAGGACUAGGCUCCCCCCGCGCAGGGCUCAGCUUGGUGCCGCAGGGCUAGGGGCGCCCGCGGCUUGCCGGGCUCCGGAGCUGGGCGCUGCGCGCCCCCCACUCUCAGCUCCUUUCUUGCCUCGGCCCCCUAUUCCGCCGCAGCCCACCUCGCCAGAGGAGAGGGACUACCUCCUUCUUCCCUUAGUCCCCUCCUCCUCCUCCUCCUCCUCUCUGGGGUCACCAUGCCCAGUAAAACCAAGUACAACCUGGUGGACGAUGGACACGACCUGCGCAUCCCCCUCCACAACGAGGACGCCUUCCAGCAUGGUAUUUGCUUUGAGGCCAAGUAUAUUGGAAGCCUGGAUGUGCCGAGACCAAACAGUAGGGUGGAGAUUGUGGCUGCCAUGCGAAGGAUACGGGUAAGUACCAUGGAGAAGAGCGGUCAUAUUGGAGAUUCCGUUCAUUUAAAAAAAAAAAAAAAGAAAAAGGAGUGGACCUGGGAUGAAAGCAAGAUGCUGGUGAUGCAAGACCCCAUCUACCGGAUAUUCUACGUCUCUCAUGAUUCUCAGGACUUAAAGAUCUUUAGCUACAUCGCCAGAGAUGGUUCCAGCAACAUCUUCAGGUGUAAUGUCUUUAAGUCCAAGAAGAAGAGUCAAGCUAUGCGGAUAGUCCGGACUGUGGGCCAAGCCUUUGAGGUGUGCCACAAACUGAGCCUGCAGCACACACAGCAGAAUGCAGAUGGACAAGAGGAUGGAGAGAGUGAGAAGAACAGUGACAACUCAGGGGACCCAGCCCGUCAACUGACUGGAGCAGAGAAGGCCUCCACAGCCACUGCAGAAGAGACUGACAUUGAUGCCGUGGACAUCCCUCUCCCAGGGAGCGACAUCCUAGAAUUUAGCCGAGGAGUGACUGACCUUGAUGCGGUAGGGAAAGAAGGAGACUCCCUCAAAGACACCAAGGCCUCGCUCCACCACCAGGAGAACAUACUGACUGCCUCACCCAAGAUGCUGCUGCCUUCUUCCUCACAGUUGCCCAGCAUCGGGACCCCACUCUCCACUCAUCACCAGAUGCAACUCCUCCAACAGCUCCUCCAGCAGCAGCAGCAACAGACUCAAGUGGCCGUGGCCCAGGUUCACUUGCUAAAAGACCAGUUGGCUGCUGAGGCCGCUGCCCGAUUGGAGGCCCAGGCUCGAGUCCACCAGCUCCUGCUACAGAACAAGGACAUGCUUCAGCACAUCUCCCUGCUGGUCAAACAAGUACAGGAGCUUGAACUCAAGCUGUCAGGACACGAUGCCAUGGGUUCCCAAGACAGCUUGCUGGAAAUCACCUUUCGCUCCGGCAUCCUCCCCGUCCUCUGCGACCCCACGACCCCCAAGCCUGAGGACCUCCACCUGCCCCCGCUAGGUCCCAGCUCGGCUGACUUCGCUCACUCAGUGGGCAGCCCUUUAGGUAGGCGCGACUGUUUGGUGAAGCUGGAGUGUUUCCGUUUCCUGCCACCUGGGGACACCCCAUCAGGGGGAGAGCCUCUCCUGGGCAGCCUGGAGCUCAUCAAAUUCCGGGAGUCAGGCAUCGCCUCUGAAUAUGAGUCUAACACGGACGAGAGUGAAGAGCGUGACUCAUGGUCUCAGGAGGAGCCUCCCCGCCUGCUGAAUGUCCUGCAGAGGCAGGAGCUAGGGGAUAGCCUGGACGAUGAGAUUGCAGUCAUGUUUGAGAACUCUAACACAGCACCCACACCAAAGCUGCAGGCAAGCCGUUCUUUCCCCCACCUGUCCAAGUCUACUGCCCCCAGCACAACAACUAUGGGCUCCCUGGAACCUAGUGGACCAGGGCUCCGAAUGGGCAGCAGCCAGCACCUCAAGAACCUGGGGAAGGCCGUGGGCGCCAAGGUCAAUGAUUUCUUGCGGAGGAAAGAGCCAGUGAACCUUGAGAAUGCUGCAGGAGUGAUGGAGAUCAACACCAAUGCGGGAGCCACAUUGUGUGCUCCAGGCGACCCCCCACCAGGGACAUGGCAAGAAGAAGAAAGGUCAGUUCUUUUGGAAGCAUUCCCUCGGCUUGACCCACCUCCUCCCGUGACCAAGAAGCGCACCCCUCGGGCCCUGAAGAGCCCCCAAGACAUGCUGAUUUCCCCCCAGCCUGUUGUGAGCAGCCUGGAGUACGGGGCAGAGCUGUCGGCUGGGCCUCUCCAAGAGCCCCCUUCCACAGAGCCUAGCCUAGGAGAGCUGGUCUCAGAUGACACCCUGGGACCCGAAGGUUCCUUGGAGACAGUGUUGGGAACCGAGGCCCUCCCCAAUGGAGAGGUCCCUUUUUCAGUGCCGGAUCUCAUCCACAAGGACACCCAGAGUGAUUUCAAGCUGAGGACACCCGAGUGGAGAAGGGCCUCCUCCCCAAGCCUAAGUGAAAGAAAUGGCCUCAAACUCAGUCUGGGUCCUAUUAGCCUGACUGAGCCCCAGGAAGAUGGCAGCCCCCUACCUCGGGCAAGGACCACCAGCCUUGACAAUGAGGGGCCUCACCCAGAUCUACUAUCCUUUGAGUAAAUCUUCCAUAAGGAGCACCAUGAUCCCUCCUCCAAAUCUGGGAAAAGAGAUCCCUGCCUUCUUUUUCCACUGUCCAGGGAGCUUGUGUCUCAGGCUCCCUCUCCCCCUUUAACCACCACACUUGAAGGCACUAGCAGGUUCCAGGUAGAGGUCCUGCCUUGGCGCAGGAGCUCCCAGACCCGAGUAGCCUCCUAGUUGUAGCUUUGCUUGUGUCUAGAUGAUUUUCCUUCCCUGGGUGGGUGGGGUAGGAUGAUUCCUAUCACAGUGUAGUCCCCCUCACUUCCUUGUUUCCUUAGUGCUGUUCCAUGCCCAUUCAUUCCCUGUUGCAUCCACACAGACACUGUUGGGAUGAAGGUGUGGGUCAGAUUUCGCCUUGAUUUAUAUAUUAAGAAAGAUUCUUAAUAAAAAAAAUUCUUUUGAUGCUGGCA